UUUUUUUUUUUGGGCAUAUCAUAUAUAAAGUUGGUUAUGGGAAAGAGAAAGAGAAGAGCUGACCUCAACAAGACUCCUCCUCCUGCAGCGGAUAUUAACUAAUAGUAGCUUAUUGACACUACAAUGGGGGUGCUUCUUUUUGCAAGAUAAUAGCAUGACAUAAAAAGUAUCAGGAUGAUUUUUGUUCUCUCCGAGUUGUAUCCCUUCCUUUAUACUUUGCUAGAAGCUAAGAGCAACUAAGCGAAUCUUACCUGAUGCCACCCUCACCCAGAAUGGAUGCAUUGUCGAAACAGAAGUUCUCUCAUCAAGUCGACAGCAGUGGAAUAAAGUCUUUUUUAACCAUUGCGGGGGAUAUCAUGGAUGGUCCUGUGAAGGUAACCCAAGGCCAACAAUCAUCUAUUGUUCACCGUCGAAAUAUUGACCUUCUAAAGUCUUUGAGGCAUCCACGUCACUACGGCCGUCAUUAUUCUCGACGGAGGUCUACUAGUAAUGCUGAGGCAUCAGCUUCCCAUGGUGGUUAUACGCCUUCUUAUGCUGAGAAGUGGUCUUUAAAGAUGGCAAGCAAAUGCUAUACAGAUUCUGGACACGACACAGAUAAUAGGCAAAAAACAGUUCACAAAACAGAAGGUGUUCCAUCCAGUUCACUGGCAACGAGGGCGAUAUCAUCCGAUGCUGGGAGACUCUUUUGUGUAUUAUGCAACAAGUUUUUGAAGAAUGAACUUUACAUUGUCCUUGAAAACAGUUUGCCUAUAUGCUCUGUAGUGGCAGUCUUAGCUUGUGGUCAUCUUUACCAUGCUGAUUGUCUGGAACAUAGAACGAACCGUGAAGAUAGACAGGAUCCGCCCUGUCCAAUUUGUCUUGGCUUGGUUUCUCACAUCGACGCAUCAUUAGAACAGGAUUGAGUAUAGGUCAGCUUUUGUACUGAUCAUCUUUUUGGAGAUUAGAAUCAUCUAGACAGAUACAAUCUUGUACAUGAUUUUGAAUGUUUUUUUAAAAAAUUAUCUGCAAAUAUUGUAUAGUAAGAAGUUGAAAAAUGAUAAAUGGGGAUCAUGUAUGGGAACUUUUUAAAUGAUGUAUGAUACUGUUGUUAGUUCA